AUGAGCAAACCCGCCAGCGAGCAUAGCGAGUUCGCACACUCGCCAACCCAAGAUGACCUGGAAGAAGAUGAAGAGUUCACUUUCAGUCUGUUCGUCAUGGGCAAUAUCUUUGCCCUCUGCUUUUUGGUUUUAGCUGGUGCCUGGUCCAGCACUGUUCCAUCAUCCGCCAUUCCAUUCAUUGCCCAGCGAUUCCCCAAUGAGGCUGGACAGGCUGCCUGGAUCGCCGCCGCUCCCUCGGUGAUGGGGGCAAUUCUGCAAGCGAUCAUCGGCGACCUCUCUGAUAUUUUCGGGCGUCGAGCCUUUCUGCAAGCGGGCUGUGUCGUAGGGACUGUUGGGAUGAUUAUCGGAGGGCGAGCGACUAGCAUCAAGAUGCUCAUCGGCGGCCAAGUUCUGAACGGUCUAGGAAAUGCCUCCAUGUUCCUCGCCUCGGCCUUGGCCCAGGAAAUUGUUCCGAAGCGACAACGGCCCCUCCUCCUUGCGGCAAUCACUACUGUCACCAGCGUAUCAUAUAUCUGUGGCCCCAUCCUGGAAGGUGUGUGUAUCAAACAAAAAGUGGGCGGAAUACUGGAGGGGUGGCGUAUUGGCUUCUACAUCGGUGCUGCCUUGUGGGCGAUUACCCUCGCUUUUAUCACCACGUUGUAUCAUCCUAUGCCUAGGCCCAAUCCCGAGGGUCUAUCGAUCAUGCAACUUCUGAGGAAGGUAGACUGGUUGGGUAUAGCGUUUUGCUCGACAGGUGUCACGCUAUUCCUGGUUGGUCUGAACUACGGGGGAAACCCAUAUUCCUGGGAUUCAGCGGUGGUUCUAGGGACUUUGAUCCCGGGGCUUGUGGUCUCUCUCUGCUUUGUUCUUUGGGAAUGGAAAGGAACAAAAACCGGUCUCAUGCAUCACGAUCUUUUUGUUGACCGAAACUAUGUUCUCACCGUGUAUGUCCGGGUGGUUGGUGGAAUCGCGCUUCUCGGCGGACAGGCCUAUCUCCCCCAAGUAGCAGCGUCCGUAUUUGAGACCGACGGUCUCACAACAGCCGUCUGGCAACUCCCAAUGACAGUCAGCUCGAUGAUCGGCAGUGUCAUUGCGGCCUUCUUUUGA